GUUCAUCUUUUUUCCUGCCACCCACGAGUUUGCUGUUGCUGCUCCCUUCUUCUUCUUCUUCUUCCUCUUCCUCUGCGCUCUGCCUCAACAACGACGACGAUGAUGAUGAACAGUGGUCGUGCUGUGAUGCUGCUGCGCCGCUUUGCUGGCGUCGCCACCCCCCGCCUCGUCACAUCCCCCGCCGCCCUCAGGCCACAAAUGCUUGCUCGCGCAAGCCUGAGCAUGAGCCGCAUGCACGCUUCUGCAGACGCUGCCACCGAGGAGCAAUCCAAGGAGUACAGCCCAAAGAUUGAGAACCUUGUGUCUGAGAUUUCCUCCAUGACACUGCUUGAGGUUGCUGAUCUCGUCGACGCCCUCAAGACACGUCUCAACAUUUCCGAUAUGCCCGUUGCCGCCGUCGGUGUUGCUGCUGCGCCUGCAGCUGAGGCAGCCGCCGAGCCUGUUGAGGAGAAGACGGAGUUUGAGGUGAAGCUCGUCAAGUUUGAGGACAAGGCCAAGAUCAAGGUCAUCAAGGAGGUCCGCAACAUCCUCCCAGACCUCAAGCUCGCAGAGGCGAAGAAGCUUGUUGAGGAUCUGCCGCAGACGCUGAAGCAGGAUGUGAGCAAGGAGGAUGCAGAGGCAAUCAAGAAGGCCCUGGAGGAGAUUGGCGCCAGCGUCGAGAUUGCAUAAGGCUAAGGCCGCACAUGGCACAUGCACAUAUGCACGUGGUUUGGUUUUGGCAGCGUGGUGGUGUUUUGUGCUCUUUGUGUCUGUGAGAGUGUGUUGUUGUGAGGGUGUGUACGCUCGUGUGUCGGCAAUGCCCGCCAAUGUGACCACGUGCGUGACAUCAGGUCAGCCAACACACAGCGACACCUGUAUCCUCUCUCUCUCUCUCUCUCUCUCUCUGUGUCCUCUUCCUUCGUCAGUCGCAGUCACUAUUGCCGCCCCCUCGCUGUUCCUGUGCUUUUGUUCCUCCUGCCUCUUCACCAUCUUUGCUUAAGCAUCGUCGUCUGUACAGUGUGCGUGUGUGUGUGCAUGUGUGCAUCAUGCGUGUGCAUGCGUGUGCAUGCAUGUGUGUGUGUCAGUCACAUCAAAGGAGAACACGAAAGAACGAAAGCAAAACAAGA